UAGUAAUCUUAACUCGCGAAAGUUCUUCUUCGAAUCGUCUUCGUUGUUGUAUAAAACAUAAUACAUAUACAGUGUUCUUGCUGCGUCUGCUGGGUCGCGUAAAGGGUUUUUCAUCAGCUCAGCAUGGAUUUCCAGGGAUUCCUGAACGACUUGCAGGAUUGGGAACUUUCUAGAAAGGAUAAAACACAAACAGUGAAGUCGCAAAAGGAAAAUCAAUUCACAAAAGCUUCUUCGUCUUCUCGACUUACUGGACCUGUGGGUGUGGAUAAGGCAGCAAAAGCAGAUACUAAAUCUUUUGAUUAUGCAGGAAAUUCUCCAGGAUUGUACGAUUUUUCAAAAAUUAGUGAUCCUUUGAAUCGGUUGCAUGGUAGUUUUGUUCCUGAAGAUGUUCCUGAUGCUGCUUCUGAGAAAGAUCUGGGUAAUGAGUUUUUCAAGCAGAAGAAAUUUAAGGAAGCUAGAGACUGCUAUUCAAGGAGCAUUGCCCUAUCACCAACAGCUGUAGCAUAUGCAAAUAGGGCAAUGGCCAAUAUCAAGCUCAGAAGAUUCCAAGAGGCGGAGGAUGACUGCACAGAGGCCUUGGAUCUUGAUGAUCGUUACAUAAAAGCAUAUUCACGAAGAGCAACAGCUAGAAAAGAACUUGGGAAAAUUAAAGAAUCAAUGGAGGAUGCUGAAUUUGCUUUGAGGUUGGAACCAAACAAUCAAGAAAUCAAGAAACAGUAUGCCGAUGCUAAAUCUUUGUAUGAAAAAGAUAUUCUUCAGAAAGCAACAGGAGCUAUGAGAAGCACUGUACAGGGAACUCAAAAAGUAGGAAAGUCAGAGGAAAAAGUUAACGGAGGUAGCAUCCACCCCAUUUCACAUGGUACUCAAAAGUCCGGUCCAGCUGAAAUUAAUCAUAAAAAGGUUAAUGAGCAGCAAAUACCUGUUAAAGAAUCACUUAUAACAGAGGAGGUCGAUAGCAGAGACACAAUAACCAGAAAAAGGCCUCAAGCACAAGGUGGUGAUGAUUCUAUGAAAGUUUUGACUGCAAGUAACAGUUUGGAGCAGAGAAAUCACAGAAUUAAUAAGCCAGAAAUGAAAGCAUCUGUUCAACAGCUUGCUUCUCGUGCUGCUUCUAGAGCCAUGGCUGAAGCUGCUAAAAACAUAACACCACCAACCACUGCGUACCAGUUUGAGGUCUCAUGGAGAUCAUUUUCAGGUGAUCUUGCUCUGCAGGCUCGUCUAUUAAAGGCUAUAUCUCCCCGUGAAUUACCGAAAAUAUUUAAAAAUGCUUUAUCUUCUACCGUACUCGUUGACAUCAUCAAGUGUCUUUCAUCUUUUUUCACUGAGGACAUGGAUCUGGUUGUCAGUUAUAUAGAGCAUUUGAUCAAAGUUCCAAGAUUUGACAUGAUUGUAAUGUGCCUUUCAUCAACAAAUAAGGAUGACAUACGCAAGAUCUGGGAUGAAGUGUUCAAAAGUGAGGCAACACCAAUUGAGUAUGCAGAGAUUCUAGACAACCUCCGAUCAAAGUUCUGCCUUGGACAGUGACAUCUUCACUUGUAUGUUCUAAUGUUAUUUUUCCUAGGUGGAUCCUCUCCUAUACGCAACCAUCUGCACUUGUAAAUUAUUAUGCUAUUGAAAUUGAAAUGUUUGAGCGUUAUUGACGCUCAGCUUGAUCCAUCAUUAAAAAAUGUUUUUUUUUUCUAAUUAAAAACAUUUGAAGUCUUUUAUAACAUGUUAUUUUUAUGUUGGCAUGUACACGGAUAUGCAUUACGUUUUGCUACGUGAAAAUACACAAAAUGAAAAUGGCUGCUACUUUGUGCACUUUUUUU